GCUCAUUGUAGUCGUAACAAUUUAAAAAAAUUGCAUAUCACCUAUAGUAACGCGAGUCGAAAAAAAAUCGGUGCACCAUGAAAAUCCGGAAUGGAAACGGCAAAUCGGUGGCCAAUCCGGUCAAAUAAUACCCGUGAACAUGUAAACGGAUUUUAAGUGUUGUGAACCGAAAAACAAAAAACACGGCAAGAUGUACAAAUUAAUUUUAGGAUCGAUAGUUUAUUUAUUUUCUUUCGGAAAUUCCCAGUGGUCUUGUGCCCUGAUAAUAUUGCUAGCUAUAACUACAGUUAUUAAAGCAGAAUGUCAAACAAGACAGAUCUACUGUUACGAGUGCGACAGUUGGUCGGAUAUGCGGUGCAAAGACCCCUUUAACUACACUGCUCUACCUAGGGACCAGCCCCCUCUGAUGACUUGCAACGGAUGCUGCGUCAAAAUGGUCAGGAACGCGAAGUCCCCAUACGAGGUGGUCCGAAGGACGUGCACAUCCCAACUGCAAAUCAACCUCUUCAUGGUGGAUCACGUGUGCAUGAUGGAAAGUAGCGGGACGGGUCACAUGUGCUUCUGUGAGGAGGACAUGUGCAACGGGUCGCGCGGCAUGCCGCUGCCGCGCGAUUCGCGCCACCUGGUGGCCACGCUGACCGCCAUCUCGGCCGCUUUGCUAGUGCUGCCUAAACUGUUGUUGUGCAUGCCCAGGUAGAGAUCGUAGAUUUAUUAUAGAGACUGUGCUGCUGUAGUUAAGAAGUUGUGUUUUUUAGUACGCUGGGUAAACUGAUACGUUGGAUUCGUAAAACUAAAGUCGGUUUCAU